AUUCUCCACAGUUUUCUAGCUUUCUUUCUUCCACCCUACAAAAAUGGCUAAGUCCACUAGUUAUUUUCUUAUAAGUUGCUUAUUCUUUGUGUUGUUUAAUGGGUGUAUGGGUGAAGGAAGGUUUAGAGAGUUUCAACAAGGAAAUGAGUGUCAAAUUGAUAGGUUAACUGCCCUCAAACCGACGAAUUGGAUUCAGGCGGAAGCUGGGUUAACUGAGGUGUGGGAUUCUAAUGAACAAGAGUUUAGAUGUGCUGGUGUAUCUGUUAUUAGGCGCACCAUUGAGCCUCAUGGUCUUCUUUUGCCUUCUUUUACUAGUGCUCCUGAGCUCAUUUACAUUGAGCAAGGAAAUGGAAUAACUGGGAUGAUGAUCCCAGGAUGCCCAGAGACAUAUGAAUCAGGGUCACAACAAUUCCAAGUAGUAGAAGAUGAACGCAUUAGGGAGCAAGGCAGCAGGAAGAUUGGAAUGCGAGGCGGUCGCUUCCAAGACCAACACCAAAAGAUCAGACACUUCAGGGAAGGUGAUAUCCUUGCUAUGCCUGCAGGAGUUUCUCACUGGGCUUACAACAAUGGUGAUCAGCCUCUUGUUGCUGUUAUCCUUAUUGACACUGCCAACCAUGCUAACCAACUUGACAAGAAUUUCCCCAAGAGAUUCUACCUGGCAGGCAAACCCCAACAAGAACGUUCCGGAGAGCACCAAUUCAGUAGGGAAUCUCGACGUGGCGAACGCAACACGGGCAACAUUUUUAGUGGCUUUGAAACCCGACUCCUAGCCGAAUCCUUUGGAGUUAGUGAGGAGAUAGCUCAAAAGCUCCAAGCCGAGCAAGACGAUAGAGGCAACAUUGUUCGAGUCCAAGAAGGUUUACAUGUGAUCAAGCCCCCAAGCAGGUCAUGGGAAGAAAGAGAGCAAGGUAGUGCUUCAAGGGAAGGCAGACACCAUGGCAGACCAUGGGAAACAGAGCAAGGUGGUAGCAGGGAUUCAAGGUACCUUCCCAAUGGUGUGGAGGAGACUAUUUGCUCGGCUCGACUCGCCGUCAACAUUGAUGAUCCUUUUGAGGCUGAUGUUUACACCCCUGAAGCUGGACGGCUUACUACUGUUAACAGCUUUAAUCUUCCCAUUUUGCGCCAUCUUCGCUUGAGUGCUGCCAAGGGUGUUCUCUACGGGAAUGCAAUGAUGGCACCUCACUACAAUCUAAACGCCCACAACAUAAUGUAUUGUGUACGAGGACGCGGUCGUAUUCAAAUCGUGAACGAUGAAGGCCAGUCAGUGUUUGACGAGGAGCUAUCGAGAGGACAAUUGGUGGUGGUUCCACAAAACUUUGCCAUCGUAAAGCAAGCCUUCGAAGAUGGGUUCGAGUGGGUGAGCUUCAAGACAAGUGAAAACGCAAUGUUCCAAAGCCUCGCAGGGCGUACUUCUGCUAUCCGAUCCUUGCCGGUAGAUGUUGUCUCGAACAUCUACCAGAUCUCUCGCGAGGAAGCUUUUGGCCUCAAGUUUAAUCGGCUUGAGACUACCCUUUUUCGCUCUAGCGGCCCAAGGGAGUCCCAAAGGAGAAUCAGCAUUGCCUAAGCAUAAAUUCACGUUGAUUUUUGAUGCGAUGCAAAGAGUUUGUAGAUUGUUUAGAAUGCAAAAAUAAGAAUGUAAUAAUAAUAAUAAUAAACCUUUGGGAAGAGUUGUAUGUUUUGAAGGUGUUUUGUCAAGAAUAUGUAGGGUUUGAAUUUGUAUAUUUA